CCGCCACUGCAGCAACGGGGCACAGGGCUGGGCACAGCCAAACGCCGGGAGCUGCUCCAGCCCCGCUCUGCUGCCUGACCGGGGCCGGCUGAGGGAGAUGGCGGGCGCCUCUCUGGCCCCGGGGCUGCCCCGCGGAGCGUCUGAAGGGCUCCGGAACCUGUAACCACCACCUGAAAUGUCAACUUACUUAUAGGAAUUAUAUGAAACCCAACAUAGUCAUGGUGGAUGUAGGAAAGUGGCCAAUAUUUACCUUGCUUUCACCUCAAGAAAUAGCAUCUAUUCGGAAAGCAUGUGUAUUUGGCACAUCGGCCAAUGAAGCUAUAUACAUAACCCAUAAUGAUGAGGUGUUUGUGUUUGGACUAAACUGUAGUAAUUGUUUGGGGACUGGAGAUAAUCAAAGCACAAUAGUACCAAAGAAAUUAGAAGCCUUAUGUGGAAAGAAGAUUAACAAUCUCAGUUAUGGAAGUGGACCACAUGUUAUACUUAGCACUGAAGAUGGUGAAGUUUAUGCUUGGGGACAUAAUGGAUACAGCCAGCUUGGGAAUGGAACAACCAAUCAGGGCAUUACUCCUAUUCAAGUCUGUACCAACCUGCUAAUUAAGAGGGUGAUUGAAGUAGCUUGUGGCUCUCAUCAUUCUAUGGCCCUAUCAUCUGAUGGAGAUGUAUAUGCAUGGGGCUAUAACAACUGUGGUCAGGUUGGAUCUGGAUCUACAGCAAAUCAGCCAACUCCUCGCAAAGUCUCAAAUUGUUUACAGACUAAAAUGGUGGUCAGUAUUGCUUGUGGUCAGACCUCCUCUAUGGCUGUAAUAGACAAUGGUGAGGUAUAUGGCUGGGGUUACAAUGGCAAUGGUCAGCUAGGUCUGGGAAACAAUGGUAAUCAACUCACACCUUGUAGAGUGGCAGCAUUACAUGGUGUAUGUGUACUUCAGAUUACCUGUGGCUAUGCGCACACACUAGCACUAACAGAUGAGGGUUUGCUCUAUUCCUGGGGAGCUAACACUUAUGGGCAGCUGGGAACUGGCAAUAAAAGUAACCAGCUAAGCCCGGCGCAGAUCAUGAUGGAAAAGGAAAGGGUGGUGGAGAUUGCAGCCUGCCACUCUUCUCACACUUCUGCUGCCAAGACCCAAGGUGGCCAGGUGUAUAUGUGGGGCCAGUGCCGUGGCCAGUCUGUUGUUCUUCCUCACCUCACUCACUUCACUUGCACUGAUGAUGUGUUUGCUUGCUUUUCUACUCCUGCUGUGAUGUGGCGCCUCCUCUCCGUAGAGCAUGAAGACUCCUUAACAGUAGCUGAGUCUCUGAAGAAAGAGUUUGACAGUCCAGAAACCUCAGACCUAAAAUUCCGCGUAGAUGGAAAAUACAUCCAUGUUCAUAAAGCUGUUCUAAAAAUCAGAUGUGAACACUUCAGAACCAUGUUCCAGUCAUAUUGGAAUGAGGACAUGAAGGAGGUGAUAGAAAUAGACCAAUUUUCUUACCCAGUGUAUCGUGCCUUUCUUGAGUACCUAUAUACAGACAGCGUUGAUCUGCCACCUGAAGAUGCUAUAGGACUUCUGGAUUUGGCUACAUCUUAUUGUGAAAACAGAUUGAAAAAACUGUGUCAACACAUUAUCAAGAGAGGAAUUACUGUGGAAAAUGCAUUUUCAUUGCUCUCUGCUGCAGUGAGAUAUGAUGCAGAGGAUUUAGAAGAAUUCUGCUUUAAGUUUUGUGUCAACCAUUUGACGGAAGUGACACAGACUGCAGCGUUUUGGCAAAUGGAUGGCCCCCUGCUAAAGGAAUUCAUUGCUAAAGCCAGUAAAUGUGGAGCCUUUAAGAACUGAAACACAUGGCUGUAAGUUUUGGGUGACGUAGGGUUGUACCAGUCAUAGCUGGUUUGCUGUAUUCAUGAAUAACAGGCUUGUGUAACCCUGCAGGUGAAGAAAAACAAAACAAACCUAAUUGAUUGCAUUAUUUUGGGGUUAUAAAACUCUAUACAGAAACUGCAGCAAAUGUUCUGUGUGCUGUAUCCAUGCUUUUAAAAAAGUGAACUGUUGCAAGACAUGCAAGUUAGAAGGCUAACAUUAACUUACAUUUGGAGAGCUGGAAAUCUUCACGUUGCUGUUUUUAAGUUUACUGUACUUCUGAGGUGGGAAAAAUUGAAGCAGGAGGAUGGUUUUGAGUGCUGAUGAGAGGAUUAAUCAUUUGGUGCCUGGAAUUGGGAUUUCUUAACUUGAUCUGUUGGGACCUCCAGGGAGUUGCAGCAGAGGCUGAACUGAGCCAUUGAAACAUUUCAUGUAAAUGUUAGCUCUGUAGAAUUACCCUGAAGGAACAAACAGGACUGAUUUCUUUUGUAUUGUGGUUGCAUGAUUAUGAAUUUGUGACAAUUUUGCUAUGUAUAAAUCAAAUGUAUUCAAGGCUUAGAGGAAACUGCAGAAAAGAUAAUGUUGCUAUAAAAUAUACUCAGAGAAAAUUUACUAAUUGAAUUGGAAGUAAAGCUGCUCAUCGGUGAUACAUUAACAUGCAAAGGGCAACAUAUAAUCUAGAUGUUCAAACAUUAUUUAUAAUAGUAAUCGAAAGACUUAUUGCCCUGUUUUGAGGGCCAAAUCAAGUUAAUUAGGCUAUUCUAAAUAAAAGGGGAGAGAACUGUUGGAAAGUUAUUGUUUUUUGCAUUGGAGUAUUGUAUAAAAACUUUAAAAUUACAUGUAAUAAAAUUACACUUUUUUUCAAAUUG